AUGAACGCAUUACAGAAGGAGGCCGAACAGCUGACCAGGUCACUGGUGCUGACCGAUGAUCAACUGCACCAAAUUCAGUCACUUUUGAUGAACUCAUUCAACGAUGGACUCAAAAGAGAGACGAACCCAGUGGCACCGGUCAAAAUGUUUCCCACAUUUGUUAAAGAGGUGCCCGACGCCAAACACAAAUACGGCAAGUUCCUAGCUCUAGACCUGGGUGGCACUAACUUCAGAGUUUUGCUGAUUGAGUUACUCGGUGAUGAGUUGCACCAUGAGACGGAAAUUUACACAAUUGCCGAUGAACUUAGAAAUGGAACUGGCGCAGAGCUUUUUGACUACAUUGCCUUUUGCAUCUUCAGCUUCAUGAAUGCUCGCAAUUUAGUGCAAUUUCGAAUGCCUCUAGGUUUCACCUUUAGCUUUCCCUGCAUACAGGAAGGUCUCAGCUCUGCUCGUCUGACCACUUGGACUAAAGGUUUCAA